AUGACGACCACAACGGAAAAAGAAGAAGAAGGUCUUAGUUCUCCUAAACACGAUGAGAAAACGAAAACCUCUUCGGCCACCCCCUGCAAAGCUGCAGUAACAACCCCUGCCCCCACAAAUGCUAUUAAUCUUUCUUCUAAUAACACACCCCGGUCUAUGUAUCCUCCUCUCAGUUGUACUUCAACUGUCGGCCCGACAAACACAUCUACUACUACUACUACUACUACCACCACCACGGGCUUUGAAAAUAAUAAUAAUAGUGGUGGUGGUGGAAGGGAAGGCCGCUCAAGUACUAAUGGUAGCGGCGGUCUAUCGGUAAGUUCUGUUGUACCCCCCAGCUCAACGGCUGUACCGAGCAGUGACCUAGGAUCAGGUUCUAUUGCUGCUUCUACUACAGAUAUUGAUACUACCCGUGCCAUUGAUACUACGACUGCGAACGGUGGUGGUAGCAGAAAACCUGCUGCCAUGGCCAACAGAUCCUCUACUUCUCCCCACACAUCGACGGCGACAAAUGGUGUUGUUGUUGUUACUCCUGGAGCAGGGGGUCUGUCCGCUAUGGACGUGGCUGUGAUAGCUAAUACCACUAACGAUAUGCAGAACCGACAUUGUCAGGAAUCCGGAGAAGGGGACGAUCCCGAAGGAGGAGAAGGGUCCGAACAAGCUGAAAGCGAACCCGGGAAUAAUGGACAAAAAAAACAGCAACCACAACAAAAGCUAAAUGCCGACAGUGCAACCGUCGGCGAUAGGGGACAACCGUCUUCUUCACCAUCGUUGUUGUUGUCUUCUUCGUCGGCGGUAUCUGCUUCUUCUACGCUUUCUUCUCCAUCGUCCUCUUCUGCAGUGUUGGCGGCUGAUACCACCACAGCAACAACCUCCACAUCUGCCCUUUUACAACAAUCUACAACAAAUUCGUCUUCUUCUUCAUCCAAAGCAAAUGAAGCUGGCCCAACAACAGCAAACCCCAGGCCAACGGACGAAACCCUGGCCCAACAACAACCACAACAACAAAGCCAACAACAACAUAGUGGUAGUAUUACAUGUGCUGUGUGCGGAUCCGGCUUCAAAGAAUGUAUACCUAACUUAUUGCCCUGUCUACAUCAACUUUGCGAAGGGUGCUUGGAUAAAAUCAAGAAUGAAAACGAUACUUUCAAAUGUCCAACUUGUUCUAUGGAAUUCCCUGGAACUGCAAUCAUCAACAACGAAUUCUAUCUGGACAGCAAAAUCAGCUCCGAAGAAAAGGAAGAUGUUAGCUACACAUGCACAGCAUGUGAGGAAAGUGACCCAGCUACGUCGUACUGUGGUGACUGCGGCGAGUGGCUCUGUGCUCAGUGUGUGCAGGCCCACAAGCGGGUGCGUGUGACCAAGGACCAUACAGUUGUGACCAAGGAGGAGGCGAUACGCAACCAAAAUAUCAACAGUGAAAAGACCGUGUACUGCAAACUGCACAAGCAUGAGCCACUGAAGCUGUUUUGUGAAACUUGUGACAAAGUGACCUGUCGCGACUGCCAACUUCUCGAGCACAAGGAACACAAGUAUCUGUUUGUGCACGAGGCUUCGAACAAGGAGAAACAAAUUCUGCAACAACUGUUGAUGCGUGUAAAGGACAAACAGAAUCAGAUAAAGCAGGCUCGACACUUGCUGAAGCAACGGCACACAGACAUCCGUGAUCGAGAACAGGUGGUCGUGGACGAAAUAAAGAGCCUUGGUGAGAAGAUCACCCAGGAAGUGAUGCGUCGACUGAAGAAUGUCAUCUCUGAAUUGGAUUUUGCCUGUAGACAAAAGAAGGACCAUCUGUUUAAGUUAACAAAUGAAGUGAACUACCUGGACGACAGGACAUCCCAUUGCGUGUCUUUUGUUGAAGAAGCCAUUAAGACUGGCAGCAGUCUGUCGCUUCUCUACACUAAGAAUUUCAUGAAGAAAAACCUCAAAAAGCUGAUAGACUCCCCUCUGCGUGUACCCCACCCAAAUCACAAGGUAGACAUCCAGUUUACAUAUAACAUUGACAACUUGGUUGUUGCUAUUAAAUCACUGGGUUCGUUGCAAAUUGAUGGACGUCACUACGGCAAAAUUCCAACUGUGGUAUCUACAGACAGUGGCAAUACUUCAGCUGUGCUGACAAAGAGUGCUGCCCAGACUUUAGAUGCUCGUUAUAUGCCCUACAUUGGCCAACUGUCACCUGACAACCAUCGAAUCCUUAUGCAAAAGCUGCAUGAGAUGCAGAAAAAGCAGCAGCACCAACAACAACAACAACAGCAGCAGCACCACCAACAACAACAGCAGCAACACCACCAACAGCAGCAGCAACACCACCAACAACAACAACAGCACCACCAGCAGCAACAGCAACAACAACAGCAGCAACAACAACAGCAGCAACAGCAGCAGCAGCCAUCACUACCACCGCCCCCACCCCCUCAGCAGCCACAGAAUAACCUGCAAGGCAACAGUCAGCAGGUGAAGGCUUUAGCCAAUGGUCCCAGUAACAAUGUGUCUGCUUUGAACAACAUGGUGAAAACGAACUCUGUCUAUUAUCCACCUUCUGGUGUGCCCCCUGGCCAGUUCACUCAGCCUCAACGGACUGAAGUGAAAUCCUCCCUGAAUGCCAACACCCAAGCAGCAAAACAACGUCAGUGGGCUUCAAAGAUGUUCUUAACUCUGGCUCAAUUGCAACAAUCUCACAUACUACAGCAGAUACAAAAUCAACAACCACAGCAACAACAACAGCAGCAGCAAGCGUCUGGCACAGCAGUGAUGCAACGACCAUUAGGCCAGCAGCUGCCUCCUCGGCCUCCACCACCACUCUAUCCCAGUAAUACUCAGCAGAAACCAUCAGCCAGUGACACUUCAGUUGAGUCAAGAUCUGGAUUGAAUGGAACACUUGCAGGCUGGACUGCUACCUUAAAUAGGAUGAAAACUCCUGACAAUAUGACAGAUAAGAAUCCAUUAAUUGCUCUUCGUGGACAAGUGCAGCAUAUGACACGCAGGAGUCCUCAGACAAGCAGUGUGGACAUGUCUCCAGGUGCCCAUUCAGAUAUUAGCUCACACAGUUGGCCAGACAUGGCCAAAAAUGGAACACCACCGCCACCUCGACCAGCAAGUUCUGACUGGUAA